UCACUGCUCCUCCCUGCGCUGCCCCGGCAGGUGGAAAACGACACACAGGACCGCGACAAUGGCUUUCAUCACUCUCUUGGCGAUUGCGGCCCUGGUGGUCUCAGCUGAAGCUAGUGUUGGUCCGAGCACCAACAACAGCUUCUGCACAGAGUCAAAGGAGUGUCUGGAGUAUGAGCUGGUCUGCAAAACAGAUGAGUACGAAGUGCGACACUACAGCCCCACUCGCUGGGUGUCAACAGAUGCCGAAGCCUAUUUCAUGGGAGUUGGUGCAGCCAUGGCUUUCAGGAGGCUUUUCCAGUACAUCACAGGAGCCAAUGAAGCAGGCGUCCAGAUGGAGAUGACCGCCCCCGUCCUGGUCAAGAUCCCGGAGGAGACCAAGAUGUGGGAGCCGGCCAUCUACACGCUCAACUUCCCGCUGCCUGCAGCCUAUCAGGACAAGCCGCCGGCACCCACUAACGACAAGCUUUACUUCACUGAGAUGCCGGAGAUGGACGUGUACGUGAGGAGCUACGGAGGCUGGAUGCUGUCGGUGACCUCCAGGCUUCACGCCCACCUUCUGACGAAAGAGCUGGAGAGAGUUCGAGCUUCCUACAAUCACAGCUAUCACUAUGGAGUCGGCUAUGACAGUCCCUUGAAGCUGUUGAACAGGCACAAUGAGGUGUGGUACGUAGCCGAGGGCGAGCCGGUCUGCACCGACCCACAGGAGCCGACCCCCGCACACACUCCCAGGCCGACCCCGACCGACUCACCCACAGAGUCCCCGUCUUCCCCGUCCGAUCCUCUCCCCCACACUCUCUCCGACUCACCCUCACUCACCCCUUCUAACCUGUCCUCGAACACAACGUCCAACUCCUCCUCACAAAUGCUCGCCGACUCGCCCGCCCUCCCGCCAUCCAGCGCUCCACCCAGCCCUUCGUCCGACCUGCCCGCCGAGGCCGCGUUCAGCCACCCCCCGACCUCCGCUCAGAUCCUGCUGGACCCGACCACCAACUCCUCCGACCCCGUCUCCGUGAGCCCGUCGCUGGAGCCGCAGUCCAACGCCGCCCAGUGGAACAGCACAGCCCAGAGCUCCGUGGACACAGUAGCCGACGGCAGCCCUGAGGUGGAGCCAGACGGUGCUCAUUAGCAGCAGUCAGGUGUGAUUUCAGCAGCUAUUCCAAGUAUAUUAACGUGGAGUCUGAGUAGAAAAGCAAACACUGGAGGAGGUGUGACGGAAAGAUGGGUGAGUGUGUGAGAUAGAUGGACAUGCUGUUCUCUUCCUCCUUAUCGCUCUAUUCCUGUGUAUUUACACCUCCUUAUGGCACUUAGUGGUUAACUAUAUGUUCUAUCACAGCUUUGCACCUGCAGCCUCCUGUAUCACCCAACACAUGCCUUCCCACUUUGUCCCUCCGAGGUUAUCAAUCUGCUGCAUCAUAGAAUUAAGUAAGAUGUACGUAUUAGUUAGACAGUUAGUAUUCCGAGUUAUUGUGUUGAUUCAUAAAGCUAGCAAGGAAGAAGCAGACGUGUUUUACCGAAAUCUGUGUGUGUUUGAUAAAUAAAAUGCUGGAACUCACCACAGUAGGCCAUCGUAUCAAAAGAAGCUUGUCUUGAUGUGUUCUAGCCACUCUUGUCAGUGGAGUUUAAAGCUGUAAUUAGUGAUUCCUGAGAGUUUCUGUCCAGCUAUAACUUCCUACGAGCUUCAUCAGUUACUUUCAUAUGUGUGGCAACAUAUUGGUGAGUCAUUAUACAGUCAGUGUGCAUAUUCAUUGGGAUCUUUGUUGCAGUCUUAAACCUCACUAAUCCUCGAUCCUUUAGCAAAUAGUACUACUACUGAUAUUAGCGGAAGUUUUACCCUGGAUGAAACCUUUAUUACUGGUAUUUAUGCUCAAAAGUGCCUGCAAAAACACUGGCCGUAUGCUUUGCAAAACCUGUUUUCUUGGUUUUUCUGAGUUUUUUCUGGCCAGUUUAGUGAACCUUUUUAUUAUAAUAGAAAACAUUUGGAUGUAUUAUUAACAUACAGAAUGCCUUGUACAGCAGCCUGUUUAUUUGGACCGUCCCUUAACUUCUGCAGGUAACAGUUUAGCAAAAAUAUGUAAAAGCAAUGAAUGUCUUGGCAUAUUUGAAUGAUCAAGUCUAACCCACACAAGUUAACUACAAACCAAGCUGUUUUUUUUUUAAUUAACUAAACAAAUAAGAUCCAACGUCAGUGGUGGAAUGUAACAAAGUACAUCUACUCAAGUAUUGCACUUUAGCGCGAAUGCAAGGUACUUGUACUUUACUUAAGUGACUCUACUUUAUGCAGCUUUCUACUUUUACCCCAAAACAUCAGGCAGUAGUCUGGUAGUGAUACUUUGACAUGAGAAAAGCUUCUGAAUACUUCGUACAGAACAGCAAGAUCCCAACACAUAAGCACAGACUCCACAUUAUCGUAAAGCUGUCUGUGGAGUUCUUGACCACUUCUUGACCACAGUGUUGAGAUGAGCAGGUUUUUGCUUUGUUUAUAUCUGGUGUUCUACCGGCAUGUAGAGGACGCACAGACUACACACAGUAUGAGGUCACGGUCAGUUUACACAGAAUACAGAAAGCGGUAGCAGCUUUGUGUACCAAUAAAGAAGCAGAAAAAUACUACAAGUUCAUGUAAAUACCCCAGAAAACAUAACCUUUAAAAGACUUUCCUGGUGGUUUAAAGCGUAGUAAAUAGAGCUUUUAGGCUUCAAGGGUGUUGAUUGUUAUCUCACAAGUCACCUUAACCCUACUGUGCAAAAUAAGGCUCUAACUUCAUUCUGUCCUCGUGUGAAAUCUGGUUUAAACUUUUCACGUUUAUACCCAGAAACUCAGUCCACAACAAUUCUCUGGUCUUAACUUUGUAGCCUUGCAGCAUCUAAUCUAAUUGUGGUAAGACUGCCCCAAAGAUCCCACAGAAUCACGCCUGAUCAAACCAAUGCAAUAAGAGUUAUGUAUGUUAAUGAAUACCAUUCUCUGUCGACGCAUCUCUGAGCUACACACUGUAUGUUCUGAGGAGGGUGCAAUAAAAAAACAAACUCUU